AUGUCUGAUUUGUCGUUGAAGUUGUUGCAGGCUGUCGACCAGCACUCUGGUAUUUCCAACACCUUGGAACUUGACGAGUUCAAACUGAUCGAUGCUAAUACUUUACAGGCUUCGUUGACCUCAUUGUGGGCCAAAGAAAUGAUCACUUUCAAUAAGAUCGAGACAGACUUAUGGGUGUUGACCGAUGAGGCUAAGCAGUUCUUGCAGUCUGGAUCUCAUGAGAUCCGUGUGUUGGAUGAGGUGCUCAAGUCCUUGGAUGGUUUGAAAAUCGCAGAUGUCAACACCAAAUUGGGUCUGGUAGGAAAGUUGGGUCAAGGUAAGGCUUUCAAGAACGGCUGGAUCGCAAAGGAUGGUGACAAGUUGGUGGCAAAGGUACUGAGCUUGCCUGAAGACACGGUGGUGACUCAAUUGAAGGAAAUUGAGAAAUCCGGAUCUUUGCCAGACAAGAAAGAGUUGGCCGAGUUGAAGAAGAGAAAGUUGGUCACCAUGACCAAGAUCAUCGGCUACAAGGUCGACAAGGCUGCCAAGUUUGCCUUGACUAUUACCAAUUACGAGACAGACAUCACCUCCGAUAUGAUUACCACCGGUAGCUGGAAAGACGCCGAUUUCAAACCAUACAACUUCAAUUCCGAGGGUGUUUAUCCAUCCAGUGGAGCUUUGCACCCUUUGAUGAAGGUCAGAGAGGAGUUCAGACAGAUUUUCUUCUCGAUGGGUUUCACUGAGAUGCCUGCUAACCAGUACGUGGAGUCUGGUUUCUGGAACUUCGACACAUUGUUCGUUCCUCAACAGCAUCCUGCCAGAGACUUGCAGGACACCUUCUACUUGAAGGACCCAGCUGUGGCUAAGAAGCCAGAGGAUGACCAGUACCUCAAAGACAUUCAAGCCGUGCACCAAGACGGAAAGUUCGGCUCCAUCGGCUACAGAUACCCAUGGAGAGAGGAGGAGUCGCUCCGGAUGGUUUUGAGAACCCACACCACCGCCAUUUCCGCUGCCAUGUUGAAGAAGUUGGCAGAAGAUCCUAAGCCUACCAGAUUGUUCUCUAUUGACAGAGUGUUCCGUAAUGAGGCUGUGGAUGCCACUCAUUUGGCCGAGUUCCAUCAGGUGGAAGGUGUUCUUGCCGGUUAUGACAUCACCUUGGGUGACUUGAUUGGUUUCAUGGAAGAUUUCUUCUCUAAAAUGGGCGUGGACGGUUUGAGAUUUAAGGCUGCCUACAACCCAUACACUGAGCCAUCCAUGGAGAUCUUUGCCUUCCACAAGGGAUUGGGCAAGUGGGUCGAGAUUGGAAACUCCGGUAUGUUUAGACCAGAGAUGUUGGAGCCUAUGGGAUUGCCAAAGAACUUGAGAGUGUUGGGAUGGGGUCUCUCGCUUGAAAGACCUACUAUGAUCAAGUACGGAGUGUCGAACAUCAGAGAGUUGUUGGGCCACAAGGUGUCGUUGGACUUCAUAGAGACGAAUCCUGCUGCCAGAUUGGAUGAAGAUUUGGUCGGUUGA